UCUACAUAUUUAAUGAAACCAUCCAUAAAUACCCCCAAAACUACAACAAACCCUUCUGCACUCUCUCCUCCUCACUCCUAUAACAACCCACAACAAGAACAAAAAAGAUAACAAAGAACCCUUCAUUUCACUCCCGAGGGUAUUAUGGCGAUUAUGAACCGGAGCAAGCUGACACAAACGACUAUGAUAAAGCAAAUCUUGAAGAGGUGUGCGAGUUUGGGAAAAAAACAGAGCAGUGGUGAGUAUAACGAAGAACAUGAACAUGAUGGAGACUCUCUUCCUCAGGAUGUUCCCAAGGGUCACUUCGUUGUCUACGUAGGAGAGAAUCGGGUCAGGUACGUCUUACCCAUUUCGUUUUUGACCCGACCGGAGUUUCAGCUUCUUCUACAACAAGCUGAGGAAGAGUUUGGUUUCGACCACAACAUGGGUCUCACUAUACCUUGUGAGGAAGUAGCUUUCAAAUCUCUCAUCACCUCUAUGCUUCAAUCAACAUAUAUUUAGGGUUUUUAUUUUUUCUUGGUGGAUGACGAUCUGUAUUAGUCUUUUUUUUAACUUUUAGAUGAUUUGGGUUAGUGUUUGAAUUAGAACGAGACUAACUCUAGAGAUGCCUCUAAGAGUGAUCUAUUAAACCAUUUUUAGUUAAUUGUCUUAAUUAGACUUGUAGGGAGGAAAUAAAAAAGCUAAUACUCUGAUAAAUUUUCUCGUUGUGGUGGUGUGAUUAUCUGUACAACCCAUUGAGGGAC